AUGACCACUAUUAGGUGUAUUUUGGCUAUUGCUGUGAAGAAAGAUUGGGGUCUCUACCAGUUGGAUGUUAAUAAUGCGUUUCUACAUGGUGACCUCCAUGAGGAGGUUUAUAUAAAAUUUCCAGCAGGUUUCUCUCCUCCCUCUCCUCACCUGGUUUGUCGCCUUAAGAAAUCCCUCUAUGGUCUACGUCAGGCUUCUCGUCAGUGGUAUGCUAAGUUGACUGCUGUUUUGAAUUUUAAGGGCUUCACUCACUCUCUCAACGACUACUCUUUGUUCUACAAGUUCAGUGGUGAUUCUGUGUCUAUAGUGGUUGUUUAUGUCGAUGACAUUCUAUUGACUGGCAAUAAUUUGGAAGAGCUCACUGAUUUGAAAAUGUUCUUACAUGCUGAAUUUCAAAUAAAGGAUUUGGGGGACUUAUCUUUUUUUCUUGGCAUGGAAGUCCUUAGGGAGCCUCAAGGUCUGAUUCUCAGUCAACGCAAAUUCACUCUUGAGUUGCUCUCCGACUUUGAUUGUCUAGCUGAACGACAUACUUCUUCUCCUCUUGAUCCUACUUGCAAGUUGUUUGCUGGUGUGGGGGCUCCUAUCCCUGAUCCUUCUCUUUAUCGUCGUCUUCUUGGAAAACUCGAUUUUUUGACCCACACUCGCCCGGAUCUUUCCUUCGCUGUGCAACAUCUUUCUCAGUUUAUGCAAGACCCUAGAUUUCCUCACUUGGAUGCUGCCAAACACUGCCUCCGUUAUCUUCUCAAGGAUCCUGGUCUGGGCCUUUUUAUGACCUCUGCUCUUUCUUUUGACCUUCUUGCUUUCUGCGAUUCUGACUGGGGCUCAUGUCCUGAUACUCGCCGCUCCGUCAGUGGGUCCUUCAUCAGUUUGGGGUCUUGCCCUAUCUCUUGGAAAUCUAAGAAACAUCCCUCUAUUUCUUUGUCCUCCGCCGAGGCAGAGUACAGAUCUAUGCGUCGUGUUGUAUCUGAAUUGACAUGGCUGGUUCGUCUCCUCUCUGAUUUGUCUGUUUCUCCUUCCUUGCCUGUUCUGCUGCACUCUGAUAGUCAGGCGGCCAUUUAUAUCGCCAAAAAACCCCGUCUUUCACGAGCGCACUAA